AUGUUAACAGUGAGUGAGGUGCUGGGAUUUUUUGUGGUGUCUCUGCUCUUGAUAGAGUUUCUGAAAUUGCAAUGGAUGAGAAGACAAUUUCCUCCUGGACCAACUCCAUAUCCCUUCUUUGGAAAUCUGCUGCAGAUGAACUUCAGAAUUCAUCAUGAGCAUCUUAAAAAAAUGGCCAAAAUUCAUGGUAAUAUCUUCACCUUAUGGUUUUCAAACACUCCUGCAGUUGUCCUGCAAGGGUUUCAUGCAGUGAAGGAAGGUCUGACUGCCCGUGCUGAAGAUGUUGCUGGAAGGCCCAUAAGCAAAAUCUUUCACAUUCUGACGCAUGGAAAUGGUGUUAUGUUCUCUAAUGGUCAUCUCUGGAAGCAGCAGAGGCGUUUUGGAAUUGCAACAAUGAGGAAAAUGGGAAUAGGGAAAAAAGACCAGGAUUAUCUACUGCAAGAGGAGGCUGCUCACUUGGUGGAAUAUUUUCAGAAAACAAACGGAAAACCUCUGGAUCCAGCUAUGCCUGUUGUUCAUACGGUAUCAAACGUGAUUUGUUCAAUAAUUUUUGGACAUCGUUUCUCCAGAGAUGACGAGAAUUUCAACCACCUGAUUGAAUCCUUUGACACCCUAGCAGCAUUUUUGAACAGCAUCUCAUUUUUUAUAUAUGAGUUGUCUCCCUGGCUUGCUGGUCUUUUCUUGCCAUCAGUUAAAAAGGUUAAGUCCUCUAUAGAUUUUGUGAAUACUCUGCUAGCAAAGGAACUUGAAAGUCACAAAGGAAAAAGAAAACUUGAUGAAAAUCGAUAUUUUAUUGAUUACUAUUUGGAUGAGAUAGAUAAAGCUAAAGGAGAUGCUGAUUCUACUUAUGAUGAAGUAAACUUGAUGCAGACUGUUGCUGACCUCUUUGUAGCAGGCACAGAAACUACAGCCACCACUUUACUGUGGGCAUUGCUCUAUAUGGUGAUUUAUCCUGACAUUCAAGAGAAAGUCCAGAAGGAGCUGGAUGCUGUUGUGGGUUGUUCCCAUGUAUUUUGCUAUGAGGACAGGAAAAAAUUGCCCUACACAAAUGCUGUAAUUCACGAGAUCCAGCGCUACAGUAACAUAAUCUUAAUUGCACUGCCCAGACUGAGCGUGAAGGACACGGAGCUGCUGGGAUAUCAUAUUCCAAAGAACACCGUAGUUUUAGCAAAUAUUGACUCUGUUCUGGCUGAUCCUGGAAAAUGGGAGACACCUGAUCAGUUCAACCCAGACCACUUUCUGGAUAAAGAUGGAAACUUUGUAAACAGAGAAGCAUUCUUACCAUUUGCUAUAGGGCACCGUGUGUGUAUGGGGGAGCUGUUGGCAAGGAUGGAGCUCUUUAUUGUCUUUUCCACCCUGCUACAAGCAUUCACAUUCACCCUUCCAGAAGGAGUGAAGGAAGUCAACACCAAGUUUGUUUUUGGGAGCACGAUGAAGCCACCUCCCUACCAGAUCUGUGCCAUUCCUCGAUAG